CGUUCAGAGUCGGUGACAACGAAAGCGAAAACCAAGCCCGCGACGAGCCCUACGGCCACUAUGCCGGAACGAUUAGACGCAACGACAUUACAAGAGCAAGAAACCACAACCUCAAAGUCAGCAGAAUUAUCGACUACGGACGCGACGACCAAAUCUACGAUAAGCUCUACGACCACGUCGUCAGACACAACAACAUCGCAAGACACCAUUACCUCCAAGACAGCAGAAGUAUCGACUACGGACGCGACGAGCAAGUCCACGACGAGCCCUUCGACCACGAUGCCAGACACAACGACAUCACACGAAACCCCCGCCUCUACAUGCUCAUCCCCUCCGGUGGAUUGUGAAUUCGGCGGGUCCUUCUACAAUUUCAGCACUUGCUGGGUGAAUCAUUCUUCUGCGGUUUCAGCUUGUUCCCAAUACGGAUCCCAUCUGGUCUUCAUCGAGUCGCAAGAGGAAGAGGACUUCAUCGCGGGGCGUGUUCAGUACCUCAGUGACCGGAACAUUACUUACUUCUGGAUCGGGCUGACCGGCUUGAGUCCCAGUGAGGCAAGCCGCACGUACCGUGGCCUUCGGAGCGGACGCGACGAUGCGUUGCAGGCCAAUCCAUUGUUGUCUUCUCUGAACGCUCCGGUGCGCCUUCUGUAG